AUGUUCCGCUUCAUCUCCGUCGUCAUUGACUAUUUCGCGCCGAUAUUUCUAGUUGCGUCCCCUAUUACAUCCUAUGCCGACCAAAUAGCUUCCAUACAUCGUAGGAAGACGAGCGAUGGCUUCUCUCUCGACAUCCCCCUGAUCAUGCUUGUGGCAUCUAUUCUGAAGGUGUUCUAUUGGUUCGGAGCUUACUACGGCAAGGCGCUUCUCCUGCAAGCUGUACUGAUGAUUGUGGUACAACUCAUCUUGUUGAAGGUGGCAUUGGACAACAGGGCCCCAACUGGCGCAAGAGAUGGGCUCGAACAUACACCGUUCCACGGCUACACUGCUCAAGAUGGACUGAGAGACCUGCUGUCAGGUCGGCGGCCAUAUGACUUCUGGCAAUGGAGCAAUCCGAAAUCGUACUUUCAGUUUCUGGCAUAUUUCGCUUCAGUACUCCUCGCCGUCCAUGUCCUACUUCCUUUUGUGUCCCGUUCACCAGUGUACAUAUCCUUUCUCGGAUAUGUUGGCUUAGCCGUGGAGGCGAUCUUGCCAGUGCCUCAGAUCAUCAAGAAUCACCGAGCGCAAUCUUGCAAGGGCUUUCGUCUUUCCGUCAUUGUCAACUGGUUGGCGGGUGAUGCCAUGAAGAUGAGCUAUUUCUUUUUGAGCAGCGACUAUAUCCCAUGGCCAUUUCGACUGUGCGGAAUGUUCCAGGCCUGCUGUGACAGUUACCUGGGAGUGCAAUACUACAUGUAUGGCGAGGGACAGGCCAGUGCCGACAUUUCCAUGAGCACCACAAGCAAAUCUGGCUUGUUUGGUUGA